AUGGAGUCUGCUACACGGAUUUCUUUUGAUCAAACUCAAAAUCUUGGUAGUGUAUAUUACAUACAUCCGUCCGAUCAUUCUACUUUAAAACUUGUCACUAUGCCUUUUAAUGGAACCAGAUUUGCUGAUUGGAAAAGGUCUAUUGUUAUUAGCCUUGUUUCCAAGAAUAAAUUGGCAUUUGUUGAUGGUAGUUUGCCAAAACUAGAAGAUAAUUCAUCAGAUCUUAAAGCAUGGGAGAGAUGUAAUACAAUGGUGAUAGGUUGGAUUCUGACUUCUUUAGAAAGAACAGUUGCUAAAAAUGUGAUGUAUUAUAACACUACUAGGGAUGUAUGGAUCAAUCUUGAGGACAAAUUUGGACAAUCUUCCUCUACGCAACUUUAUCAUAUUCAAGAAGAUCUAGCUUCUCUCACUCAGUCCGGAUCGAAUAUUGCAGAAUAUUAUACUAAGGCAAAAGCACUAUGGGAUGAACUAGACAAUGUAGAUCCUUUGUUCAUAUGUUCUUGUAAUGGAUGCAAAUGUGACACAGCGAAAACAAUUUGCAGCAGCAAGAAAAUCAAAGAAUCAUCAAUUUCUUGA